AUGUCUUUAAUAAGAUUUUCCAGGAAAUUAUUAUUACAUAACACUAAUACGCUUUCUAAGUCAAAAGAAAAAUUCGAAACUCUUAAAGAAAAAGUCAUUCAACUUAGCGAAGAAGAGAGGUUAAACGAUGCUAUCAAAUUGGUAAAAAGUGAAGAAAAUCUAGAAUUCAAAACUGGGGAAGCUUGGGAUCAAUUGAUAAUGGAAUGUGUUGAUAAAGGAAGAGCUAAAAUGGCCGUUAGAUUAUUUGAUGAGAUGAAAAGACUUUCACUUCCUUUUACCAAAGGAACAUUCACAACUAUAUUAAACGGACUUGCUGAUUAUCGUAUUUCUCCUCAAUUAGUAGAAUAUGCCACAUCAUUAAUAAAACAGCUAGUUCAAUCUAGUGAAUCAAGACCUGAAAUUAAACUUGAGAUUGAUCAUAUAAAUUCAUUAUUGAAAAUUUGUUAUCGCUCAAAACAUUUCCAACUUGCAUUAGAUACUUACGAUAAUUUGAUUAAAGGUAACAAGAAAGUGAAGGAAAAUAGAGAUACUUAUUUAUACUUGAUGAAAAUAGGUUCAAUUAGUAAUAUAAAUGAAUCAGAAAAGUUUUAUGAAAUAGCAAAAGAUAUUUGGGAAAAGUUAAUUAAAAAACAAAAAUCAAAUGAUGAUGGAUCCGUGGUUAUUGACAACGAUUUGGUGUGCGGUAUAAUCCAAACUUAUAACAAUUCAGGUUAUACAUCUGAAGCAUUUGAAAUUGUUGACAGUAUUUAUGGAUUUGAUAAUAUUUUUAGUUUAUGUUUUAAAUCAAGACGAUUUGAUUUAGGCGCAGAAUAUUAUAAUCAAGUAAUAGAAAAAUACCCUGAUCUUAAUAUCAACGUUACCAGUUACAAUAGUCUGAUGUCUCUCAACAACUUAAGCUUUCAAUACAACAAAUCAAUUGAAAUAUACAACCAGAAAUUCAAAAAUUCCAAGAUAAUACAAAAUUCUGAAACCAUUGAAUUGUUGAUAACAUCAUGUCAACAUCUUUGUGAUUUGGAAACUGCAAAAAGCAUUUUAAAAAAUGCAUUUGAAAAUAAAGUGAUUUUGAAACCAGUUGGUCUAGCCAGAUUGAUAAAAUUAUCUUCGGAACUAGCCACAACCAUCGAAAGUUAUGAUUAUGAGUUGUGGGAUGAAUUCUUUAAACAAUUGUCUUCCAUAAAGGCCAAACGCUCUACUAAACAACCUGAUACUGCAACAAAUGACUAUUAUUCAAAUGUUGGUGGUAAAAGUUUACCAAGUUUAUCUAAAAUAACUCAAUCAUGGCCCUUGGGUUCGAAUAUGGAAUUACGUGUUUAUAUAUCAGAAGAUGAGGAAUUCAGUAAAUUUGAUGAUGCAUUAGCAUUAGUUUUACAUGAAAAAAAUAUUGUUUUUGGAGAUUGGGAUGAUGAAAUAGAAAAAUUUGUUGAAAUCACGCCUUCCAAAAAUGUUCAAAAUAAUGGUACACUUUACGCUCAUAUUUAUCUCACACUUGAUAAAUCUCCACCUAAUCCUAAUCACCCAGCCUUUCAAAGUAAUAUGAGCGUUUAUAAAAAAAAGGUCAUUACAAGAUAUCAUCCUAAACGUAAAAUAAUAAAAACGAAAAAUCUUAUUGGUGGUAGUGUUGAUGAAACACCAAUUGUUUCAUAUUGGGCUCAAAAUUUAACUUUAAAUAUUGUAUCUGAUGAUGCAGUAGUUCCAUAUACUCAAUUACCUCCAGCGAUUAAACCACUUGUUCAACUUGAUCCAAUAAAACCUAGUCAAUAUCUUCCAAUAUUAUUUAUAAAUGAUUUCUGGAUUUUAAAAGAUCAUUUGUCACCAAUCAAUGAAACUGUCAAAACAUUGCCUUUGACUAUAAAAUAUUAUCCAAUAUCAUUUUUUAAAUUUCAAGUUUACGUACAAAUGGACGAAUCAUUCCAACGACAGGCGGAGUUCAUGGGAGCUGAUGCAAAUAGUGAAUUUGAUGAGAUAAAGAGAAUGUUUAAGGAAACUAACCCUAUUCUAUUAGGAGUGACCUUUACGGUUUCUAUUUUACAUAGUAUUUUUGAAUUCUUGGCUUUUAAAAAUGAUAUUUCUCAUUGGAAGAAUAAAAAGGAGUUGACUGGAGUAUCAGUCAGAACUAUUUUAUCAAAUAUUUUUUUCCAAUUAGUAAUAUUUUUGUAUUUAGUCGAUAAUAAUCAAGAUACAAGUUGGAUGAUAUUAAUUGGCCAAGGUGUAUCUGUUGCUAUCGAAGUAUGGAAGAUUAAGAAAGCCAUUGACGUUGAGAUUAAGCCCACACAAAAUAAAUUCAUGCCAUAUUCGAUAAAAUUUGUUGAUAAACAUAAAUUAUCAGAAACAGAAGCAAAAACCAAAGAAUAUGAUCAAAUAGCAUUUCGCUAUUUAUCAUGGUUGGCAUAUCCUUUACUAUUUGGUUAUGCUAUUUAUAGUUUGUUAUAUGAUUCACAUAAGAGUUGGUACUCGUUUAUAUUGAAGACACUCGUUGGAUUCGUUUAUGCAUUUGGAUUUAUUAUGAUGACACCACAAUUAUUUAUUAAUUAUAAACUUAAAAGUGUUGCACAUAUGCCAUGGAAAACUUUAAUGUAUAAAACGCUUGGAACAUUUGUUGAUGAUUUGUUUGCCUUUUGUAUAAAAAUGCCAACAUUGCAUAGGCUAGCGUGUUUAAGAGAUGAUGUGAUAUUCUUUGUUUAUCUUUAUCAACGAUGGGCUUAUCCUACUGAUGAUAAACGAGCAAAUGAAUACGGUCAAGUUGCUGAUGACGAUGAAAAAUUAAUCAUUAUCUAA